AUGCCUUCUCGCAAGAAAAAUUCCCCGACCCAAACAUCCCCGCGAACACCGCGAACAUCACCGCGAAAAUCACCGCGGACAUCAACGGGCACCCUCACGAUUCUCAGCAUCAGCAUCGCUUUGAUAUCAGCUGUCGUGUACUUUCUGAACUCACACUUGGAAAGAUUCUAUAUCUUUUCCACCUCGGAGCUUCAUGACCUUUCUCUGCGUGCCAUCAGCACCCAUGGGAACGACACAGCCGCCGUCGUGACGUUUAUCGCCGGGGAGUUGAGCGAGAAGCUCCCCGGAGGCUACGUAAAUUUGGAUCAGGAGUGGAUUUUCAACAAUGCUGGAGGAGCAAUGGGUGCUAUGUACAUUCUGCAUGCCAGUGUCACGGAGUACCUGAUCAUCUUUGGUACGGCCGUUGGCACCGAAGGUCACAGCGGACGUCACACAGCAGAUGAUUAUUUCCACAUCUUGAAAGGCACACAGCUCGCCUACACACCUGGAUCAUUUGAGCCAGAGGUGUACCCGCAAGGGAGCGUGCACCACCUUGAACGUGGCACCGUCAAGCAGUACAAAAUGGACGAGGCGUGCUUUGCGUUGGAGUAUGCCAGGGGUUGGAUUCCUCCCAUGCUGUUCUUCGGGUUCGCGGACGUCUCAGCAGUACACUUGAUGUGCAGACGCUGUGGAGGACGACUUGGGUUACGGGCAAACAAAUGA